UAAACGUAAGCUCUCUUCACGUAAAUCACUUGGUCGAUUUUCCAAAUUGUUAUUCUGCUCCUUGUUUUUCGGAUUGUGGAGUCGGUCAUUCGCUCAACCAAAAAUGUCUUCUUCUUGCCGGAGUGCAUCACCAUUUUCAUCAACUUCUUCAAGGCCAAAUCUCCAUUAUGAACCAGCAAUCUAUUGUCGUUGUGGUUUGAAAGCUCCAUUGUGUCAUUUACGUGAUAGUGGGCAAAAAUUUUUUGGGUGUCAAAAAUAUAAGGAUGGAGGAUGUGGUUUUUUUGUUUGGAAAGAAGACAUAUUGGCUACAGUUGAAGUUUUGAAUGAUGGGAGUACUCAAUCAGUUCAUGAGUUGAAAAGUUUGAUAUUGGAAUUGAAAGAUGAAAUCAAACACCUACGAAGGGAUUUGGAAGUUCAAUCCGUGGAAAGAAAAGAUUUGAAGAAAAUUUGGGUGUUUGUUAUCCUAAUAGUUAUAGGAAUCUACUUAUUGAGUAAUUUUCAGCACAAGAGUGUAAAUUUUGAAUAUGUUCCUAUGUUGAAGUAAGGUUAAUUGUAUCGGUUUAUGGAAUAAAAUGAAAACUUGCUUCAAUGAGUAUGAUGAA